UUAUCAAGUUAUCACCAUAAAAUGCAAAAAGCAAACAUCAUUCAUCAAUGGGAGGUGGAACUAUGCAUGUUGAUCAUCUCGUAACUCAAUUGAGGAACUCCCUCAAUAAUAAUUUCUCAUCUUCAUCUUCUUCCAAUCUCAACCCUUCACAUCCAACAGACAACAACACCAAUAAAACCUUAUCUUCAUGUUGUUGUAAUGAUAAACUCUGCAGAAAACGAGAGAUAACAUCAAGUUGUAGUCUCUAUAAUCAUUUAUUUGAAACUGUUCCAUCUCAAAGUGAAGUUGACGAUGCAAUCUCAGCUCUUCAAGAAUUUAUGAAAGCAAUAUCAUCAACAAUCACUAUUCAGCAAAUCUCAGACUCUUAUGAUUCAAGGAUGAUGCUGUCUCGAGGAUAUAAAAGACUUUAUGAUGCUCUUCAGAUGCUACAAGCUGAUCCUGCUGUUAAGAGAUUGGUGGUUUCAUUAUCAUCUGAUGAAGCCAUUUGGGAUGCUGUCAUAAGAAAUGUGUUGCAUCAAAGGCUUCUGGAGUUGCCUCGUUCAGUUAACUGUGAAAGGCCUCGGAUUUCAGGACAGAGAGAGAUUGGCAUGGAAAUCAUAAGCUGGAUAUUUGAUAUCAUGAAAGGAAAGAUUUUGGAGCUGAUGGAAAGUUUUCAGUCACUUAUGAAUGAUUUAUUUCAGUCGCCUAGGAUUGGUAAUGCAACACAGUUGGAUGAAAAAGUUAGGUCAUCUACCCUUCUCUCCAUUGUUAUCCUCUUGAUUGUAAUCAUGGCUAGAUUCCAAAAUCGUCAAGCCUAAUGUGUGUGUAAUUUAUGAACCAUUUGAUCAAGACUGAACAGUUCAAAUUUGAAAUCAACAUUUUAAAUUAUAAAAUAAAAAUUAUUGUGUA